AUGAGUGACCUAGAUAACUUACCACCAGUCGAUCCAAAGACUGGUGAAAUCAUUAUCAAUCCAUUAAAAGAAGAUGGUACAGAAAAGACUCCUAAAGAAAUUGAAAAGGAAAAGAAGAAGGCUGAAAAAUUGUUGAAAUUUGCAGCUAAACAGGCCAAGAAGGCUGCUACAACUACUAACGCUGCCAAGAAAGUCAAGAAACCUAAGAAGGAAGUCGAACCAAUCCCAGAAUUUGUCGAUAAGACCGUCCCAGGUGAAAAGAAGAUCUUAGUUUCUUUAGAAGAUCCAUCGUUAAAAUCUUACAAUCCAAAAAAUGUCGAAAGUUCAUGGUACGAUUGGUGGGUCAAGAGUGGUGUUUUCGAGCCAGAAUUCACUGAAGAUGGAAAAGUCAAGCCACAAGGUUUAUUCUGUAUUCCUGCUCCACCACCAAAUGUUACUGGUGCUUUACAUAUUGGACAUGCUUUAACUAUCUCUAUCCAAGAUUCUUUGAUUAGAUACAACAGAAUGAAGGGUAAAACUGUCCUUUUCUUGCCUGGUUUUGAUCAUGCUGGUAUUGCUACCCAAUCUGUUGUCGAAAAGCAACUUUGGGCUAAAGAAAAAAAAACCAGACACGAUUUUGGCAGAGAAACUUUUGUUAACAAAGUUUGGGAAUGGAAAGAAGAAUAUCAUCAAAGAAUCAAGAAUCAAAUUCAAAAUCUUGGUGCUUCCUAUGACUGGACUAGAGAAGCAUUCACGCUAGAUCCAAAAUUGUCUAAUUCUGUUGUAGAAGCUUUUGUCAGAUUACACGAUGAUGGUACCAUCUACCGUGCUUCAAGAUUAGUUAACUGGUCCGUCAAGUUAAACACUGCUAUUUCCAACUUGGAAGUUGAAAACAAGGAUGUUAAGGGAAGAACCUUAUUAAGCGUUCCAAACUAUGACGAAAAGGUUGAAUUUGGUGUUUUAACUUCAUUUGCUUAUCCAGUUGUUGAUUCUGAUGAAAAACUAAUUAUUGCUACUACCAGACCUGAAACUUUAUUCGGUGAUACCGCCGUUGCUGUUCAUCCAGAUGACGAGCGUUAUAAACACUUACAUGGUAAGUUUAUUCAACAUCCUUUCUUACCAAGAAAAAUUCCAAUUAUUACUGAUUCUGAAGCUGUUGAUAUUGAAUUUGGUACAGGUGCUGUCAAGAUCACUCCUGCUCAUGACCAAAAUGAUUACAACACUGGUAAACGUCAUAAUCUAGAAUUUAUCAAUAUCUUGACAGACGACGGUUUGUUGAAUGAAAACUGUGGUGAAGAAUGGCAAGGAAUGAAGAGAUUUGACGCAAGAAAGAAGGUUAUUGAAAAAUUGAAGGAAAUGGGCCUUUUUGUCGGUCAAGAAGACAAUGAAAUGACUAUUCCAACUUGUUCCAGAUCUGGUGAUAUUAUUGAACCAUUACUGAAACCACAAUGGUGGGUUGCACAAGGUGAUAUGGCUAAGGACGCUAUUAAAGCUGUCAGAAAUGGGGACAUUACCAUUACUCCAAAAUCUUCUGAAGCUGAAUAUUUCCAUUGGUUAGAAAAUAUCCAAGAUUGGUGUAUUUCUAGACAGUUAUGGUGGGGUCAUCGUUGUCCAGUUUACUUCAUCAACAUUGCUGGCCAAGACAAUGAUAGAAAUGAUGGUACCUACUGGGUUGCCGGAAGAAAUGUCGAAGAAGCCCAAAAGAAAGCAGACGCAAAAUUCCCAAACAUCGAAUUUACUUUGGAACAAGAUGAAGAUGUCUUAGAUACUUGGUUUUCAUCUGGUUUGUGGCCUUUCUCUACUUUAGGGUGGCCUGAAAAGACUAAAGAUCUUGAAGACUUUUACCCUUUCUCUAUGCUAGAAACUGGUUGGGAUAUUUUAUUUUUCUGGGUCAGUAGAAUGAUUUUAUUAGGUUUGAAAUUGACAGGGUCUAUUCCAUUCAAAGAAGUUUUCUGUCAUUCCUUAGUGCGUGAUGCUCAAGGUAGAAAAAUGUCAAAAUCUCUGGGUAACGUCGUUGACCCAUUGGAUGUUAUUAGUGGUAUCAAACUAGAAGAUCUGCAUGCUAAGUUACUAUUAGGUAACUUAGAUCCAAGAGAAGUUGAAAAAGCUAAAAUUGGUCAAAAGGAAUCUUAUCCAAAUGGUAUUCCACAGUGUGGUACCGAUGCUAUGAGAUUUGCUUUAUGUGCGUACACUACCGGUGGUCGUGAUAUUAAUUUAGAUAUUUUACGUGUCGAAGGUUAUAGAAAGUUCUGUAACAAAAUAUAUCAAGCUACUAAGUUCGCCUUGAUGAGAUUAGGUGAUGACUACCAACCUCCAGCUGUCGAAAAGUUAUCUGGUAAGGAAUCAUUGGUCGAAAAAUGGAUUUUACAUAAAUUAACUGAAACCGCGAAAAGUGUGAAUGAUGCUCUUGAUAAACGUGAUUUCUUGACAUCUACAAGUGAUAUCUAUGAAUUCUGGUAUCUGGUUUGUGACGUUUUCAUUGAAAACUCUAAAUACUUAAUUCAAGAAGGUACUGAAAGCGAACAGAAAUCUGCUAAGGAUACCUUAUACAUCCUUCUAGACAAUGCUUUGAAGUUAAUUCAUCCAUUCAUGCCAUUCAUUUCCGAAGAAAUGUGGCAACGUCUACCAAAACGUUCAACUGAAAAGAGUAAUACCAUUGUCAAGGCAUCUUACCCUGUUUUCAAGGAAGAAUUCAGCAAUGCUGCCGCCGCUAAUGCAUACGAACUUGUAUUAAAUAUUACCAAGGAGGCUCGUUCAUUAUUAGCUGAAUAUAGCAUCUUGAAGAAUGGUAAGGUUUUCGUUGAAUCUAACCAUGACGAAUUUUUCACAACUGCUAGUGAACAAAAAGAUUCAAUUGUUUCUUUGAUCAAGGCUAUUGACGAAGUUACUGUUGGGCGCUCCACUUCUGACAUUCCAGAAGGUUGUGUCUUAAAGGCUGUCAACCCAGACGUCAAUGUUCAUUUAUUAGUCAAGGGUCACGUUGACAUUGAAGCAGAAAUCGCUAAGGUUGAAAAGAAAUUAGAGAAAGCUUCUAAGGCUAAACAAGGCCUUGAAAAGACUAUCAACAGUAAAGAUUACGAAACUAAGGCCAAUGCACAAGCUAAGGAAGCUAACCAAACUAAACUCGAUAACACUACUGCUGAAAUUGAGGGUUUGGAGGCUACCAUUGAAAACUUGAAAAGAUUAAAGUUAUAG